CCAAACCUUGGGGGCCAAGGACGCCCUUCUGCACAUGCGCAGGAGGCUCAAUGACAGUCGAGCGUUGCCUAAGGCUCCCGGGAAAGGGCCUGGCUAUGUGGCAUGUGACCCGGGGGGUCUGCGGGUCCAGGUUCCGAGUAUGGCCCCUGUUGCCCGCGCUCCUCGGGCCCCCGCGGGCCCUCUCGUCCCUGGCAACCAAGAUGGGGGAGUACCGCAAGAUGUGGAACCCCACGGAGCCCCGCGACUGGGCCCAGCAGUACCGCGAGCGCUUCAUUCCAUUCUCCAAGGAGCAGCUGCUCCGCCUCCUGAUCCAGGAAUUCCACUCCAGCCCGGUGGAGAAGGCGGCUCUGGAGGAGUUCUCGGCCCACGUGGACUUCUGCACCCUGUUCCACUACCACCAUGUCCUGGACCGGCUGCAGGCCUUGUAUGACCCCAUCAACCCCGACAGGGAGACCCUGGACCAGCCUUCGCUCACGGACCCCCAGCGUCUGUCCAACGAGCAGGAGGUGCUUCAGGCCCUGGAGCCGCUGCUGGCCCAGGCCAACUUCUCCCCACUGUCGGAGGACACCCUGGCCUACGCACUGGCCGUCCACCACCCUCAGGACGAGGUCCAGGUGACCAUCAACCUGGACCAGUACAUCUACAUGCAGUUCUGGGCCCUGGGCCAGCGAGUGGGGCAGAUGCCCCAGAAGUCCAGCGUGGGCUCCAAGCGCGGCUUCUUCACCAAGGCGCCCCCCGUCGAGAGGAGAUACUUUAAGCGGGUGGUGCUGGCGGCGCGGACCAAGCGCGGGCACCUGGUGCUGAAGAGCUUCAAGGACACGCCGCUGGAGGGCCUGGAGCAGCUGCUGCCCGAGCUGAAGGUGCGCACGCCCACGAUGCAGCGCGCCCUGCUCAACCUCACGCUGCUCGUCUCUGGCGUGGCCUUCUUCGUCAACGUGGGCAUGGUGGUGCUUUCGGACCUCAAGAUGGCCACCUCCCUGCUGCUGCUGCUCUUCUUCGCCUUCAUGGGCCUGCGGGCCUCCAAGAUGUUCGGGCAGCGGCGCAGCGCGCAGGCCCUGGAGCUGGCACACAUGCUGUACUACCGCAGCACGUCCAACAACUCGGAGCUGCUCACCGCACUGGUCCUGCGUGCACAGGAUGAGCACACCAAGGAGGCGCUGCUGGCGCACAGCUUCCUGGCCCGGCGGCCGGGGGGUGCACGAGGCCCGCCCGAAGAGACCUCCCGGUGGCUGCAGUUGCAAGUGGAGAACUGGCUGCUGGCCCAGUCAGGCUGUGACGUGGCCUUCAACGGAACCCGGGCUUUGGCCCACCUGCAAGCCCUGACCCCGAGCAUCGGGCUGUACCCUCCCCCGGGCUUCCCCAAGCUCGAGCCGUUGGCCUCAGGGACUUCGAGUCUCCCCCAGGCCGCACCCAGCAGUAGCAACCCCUGACCGAAACCUCCCUGCCCAGCCGCAUCCGGCCACCUGGGUAGGAACUAAACCCUGCUCCUCCCCGACGAGCCGUCAAUCAUGGCUACCACACGGUUGUCCUUCUCUGACUUCCAAUUACUCACAGGCGAUUUUUCUUGUUUUUUGCUCUGCUGUAUGCUUAAGCGAAGCAGCCAAUCAAGGCAGUCAGCAGCUGGUAGGCGCCGCCCCCUUGUGAUGUACAGCCAAUCAAAGCUCCUUGGCUCAGCUCCCUUUCCACUCGGGCCGCACCCCCGCCAUAAAUACCCAGGCGCGGCUCGGAGGCGGCGAGGGUGGCUGCCUGUCACAGCCGUCCAGCCCUCCCGAGGCUACAUAUCACUAGAUCACUGCCUUCUUAGCCUGCUCCGGGCAGCGUGCCCAUGCCGUGCACGCAGGUGGGGCCCCGGCCGGCAGCGGGCGACAGCUGCUGGGCGCCUCCGACCCUGGGAAGCCGCGGGGAAGCCAGCGACAGGGUCGCUCCGGGAAACCCGAUCUCUAAUGACUGCUGCUGCUUGUGUAGGGUGGGCCCUCUGACCGAGCCGAAGGGGCUGGGAACUUCGGGAUGGGCGGAAUGACGGGUCUGCAGGGAGCCAGAGACCCCCACUUCGUCUGGGACACUCCGGUCCCAACAGCCUCAGGUGCCUUCCCUGCCCCAGCCCCUCUUCGUUUCCACAGAAACUACCUCGGUCUGCAUCUCCCCACCACGAGCGCCCCGUGCAACAGUAUUUAUUGGUCUAUCAAUUUCUCCCUGUCCCUUCUCAGUCCUAAAGGAAUA